GCAAAGGACAAAUCCGUAAUUCUGUACAUGUUGUUAAGGAGGCGGGGGAGGAUACUUUGGUUUUCUCUCAUCUCCACCUCGCUUCCUUGACGCCAUAACCCUAGAUCUACCUCUCAGCCUUCAGCACUCAAAAGGGCUACCGCGAAAUCUCUGCCGCCGAGACCCUCAGCCUGAAGUGAAAGUGGGAAACCAAAGUCCAAUUGCCUCAACGUGUGGGAAUGAAUGGGACAAUCUGAAUUAUGGAAUGUGUGCAUAUUACAUUGAAUUUGUGUGUAUGAGAAUGACGGAACCACCCUUUGUCCCCAGGGAGAGACUCCUUAAGAAGCAACAGUACUUUCAAAACAUUCACAAGCACACUUACUUUAAGGGUCCUUUUGACAAGAUCACCUCAGUGGCCAUUCCCCUUGCACUGGCAGCUUCAUCUAUAGCUCUAAUUGCACGAGGGAUCUACAAUAUGUCUCAUGGGAUAGGGAAGAAGGAAUGAUAGUGCUUUCUCCGCUUUGUGAUUGCGCCUAUAAGCUUGACACAUGAUAGAUUCAAAAUAUCUUACGAAAUGGGCUUUGGACAAUGGUUGUUCUCGAAGUUUUAAUUGUUUCGUUUUUAGUUUCAAAUUGUAAUAAUGGCUUAAGUCUCAGAUAACAACUAAGGAUCCAUCCUUCUGAACUUUUGGGUGUUUGGAUUUCUCCGAUAAAUAAUGAUCUGACCUCAAUUCUUAACUAAAGUUACUGUUUUUAUUUCAUUGGCUUGUUGCUUUCAAGUUUCAACUUAUUUCACUUUUGGGAAGGCAUGUUUCCCGUCUUUGA